AAUGCUUCAUGCAUGUGCCGCAAGAUUCGAUGUGACGGGAAAUCUUGAAAACUUUUUGGUUUCUAGAGUGAACUAAACAAGGCCUAAAUAGAGGUUGACCUGAGUCAAGUAGCCUCCAGAUCCAUGUUAAAUGCUCGACGCCUUGGUUCCUGAACAAUUAAAUAGAUUGUAAUUGAUUCUGAAUGUCCAGAUGUACAUAUACACUAAAAACAGAAUACUAUUAAAGUUCAUAGUAAGAUCUAAAGGGGCACCAUGAUUAAGAAAAGCUCUUUGAUUCUUGACGUAAUUAAAUUUUCACCAUUUACUUGUUUUAUAUUACUACUUUCUUUUAGAAUAUAAACUUAUAAUCACUAGGUAUUAGUGUAUUACAUUUGAAUAGCUAAAUGUUAUUAUUUGUAUAAAAGGCUGAAGUGUGGACAGGGGUUUGACAUGCGUGGUUUUCCGUUGGUUAGUGCCUGAAUAAGGUUAAGGCCCUGCUGUACAGAAAUCGGGGGGCGAUGGGUAUAAAAUUAGCUGAUUCAGGAACUGUGAUUUGAGCAUGAUGGUUGAACUUGGUAACCUUACGGGCCCUAAUAGACAUGGGCUAGAAAUGUGACAAAACAGAAGCUCCUUCUCCACUGUUGUUGCACUUGUACAGUUGACAGUUGUUGGUCGACUGUUGUGUUGGACUGUUUGUGUCGAACCGGCAUGGAACCACGCAAUCCAUCCCAGCUGCUAAGACGUGGGAGGCCGGGGACCCGCAUGCCAAUCUCCGUCGUCGUUUCCUAUCCUACAGAGAAGCAAAAGAAUGAUUCCCUCCUUUUCCUAGCUUACACUUGUAUCUUACACGCACACGUAUCUUACACUUGUCCAUCUCCUUCCGGUAUCUGAUCCCUUCUUUUCCUUGUCCUCCUCCAAACAAACCCAUCGUCGAUCACUCCUCUUCUUGACACAAGCACCAUUUCGUGUAUAUGCUUUCCCUUCUCGGCGCAAACACCAUCUCCUUCCGCCCGCCAAUCCCUAUAUCUUCGUCGUCAUCAGUUCACACCUGCAAACCCACCGGUGGCCGGUGCACAUUACACACACACACAGAGAGAGAGAGAGAGAGAGAGAGAGAGAGAGAGAGAGAGAGAGAGAGAGACGCGGCACUGCGGGUCUGCACGUACUACGGUGGUGGUGUGCCCGGCCAGUGAUCAAGAAGCCCGAUGGCGGCGGCGCUGCGUGCGCUGGCGGUGCUGCUGUGGGUGGCGGCGGCGUACCCGGUGGUGUUCCGUGCGCGUCCCGUGCAGGCGCUGGCGGCCAACUGGGGCACCCGCGCGCUGCACCCGCUCCCUGGGGACAUCACCGUGCGCCUCCUCCGCGACAACGGCUUCGACAAGGUGAAGCUGUUCGAGGCGGACCCGAACGCGCUGCGGGCGCUGGGCCACUCGGGGAUCCAGGUCAUGCUGGGCCUCCCCAACGACCUCCUCGCCUCCGUCGCCGGCAGCGUCAACGCCGCCGAGCAGUGGGUGAUCCAGAACGUCUCCACCUACGUCUCCAGGUACGGCGUGGACAUCCGCUACGUGGCCGUGGGCAACGAGCCUUUCCUCAAGUCGUACAAGGGCAAGUUCGAGUCCGCCACGCUCCCCGCCGUGCAGAACGUGCAGGCGGCGCUCGUCAAGGCGGGACUCGCCAGGCAGGUCCACGUCACCGUCCCGCUCAACGCCGACGUCUACGAGUCCGGCGACGGCAAGCCUUCCUCGGGCGACUUCAGGCCCGACAUCGCCGGACUCAUGGUCAGCCUCGUCCGCUUCCUCCUCGACAACGGCGGCGUGCUCACCAUCAACAUCUACCCGUUCCUCUCCCUCUACGCCGACGCCAACUUCCCCGUCGACUACGCCUACUUCCCGUCCCCCGGCGCGCCGCCGUCGCAGGCCAGCGUGCAGGACGGCAACGUGCUCUACACCAACGUCUUCGACGCCAACUACGACACCCUCAUCGCCGCGCUCGAGAAGCACGGCCUCGGCGCCAUCCCCGUCGUCGUCGGGGAGAUCGGAUGGCCCACCGACGGCGACAAGAACGCCAACGCCGCCAACGCGCAGCGGUUCAACCAGGGGCUCUUCGACCGCAUCGUCGCCGGCAAGGGCACCCCGCGCCGCCCCACCAUGCCCGACGUCUACGUCUUCGCGCUGCUCGACGAGGACAACAAGAGCGUCGACCCGGGCAACUUCGAGCGGCACUGGGGCGUCUUCAACUACGACGGCUCGCCCAAGUACCAGCUCAGGCUCGCCGCAGGCAGGUCCAUCGUGCCGGCCAAGGGCGUCCGCUACCUCUCCAAGCAGUGGUGCGUGCUCCGGCAGGACGCCAGCGCCACCGACCCGGCCAUCGCCGGCGCCGUCGGGUACGCCUGCCAGUACUCCGACUGCACCAGCCUCGGCGCCGGCUCCUCCUGCGGCAACCUCGACGCGCGCGCCAACGUCUCCUACGCCUUCAACCAGUUCUUCCAGGCGGCCAACCAGCAGAAGUCCGCCUGCAACUUCAACAACCUCUCCGUCAUCACAACCACCGACCCGUCCCAGGGGACCUGCCGCUUCGAGAUCAUGAUCGACACCGGCCGCCACGAGCUCACCGGAAAGUCGCCGUCCGCCGCCCCCAGGGUGGCUCUGGCUUCAUCGUCUUGGAGCGCCGUGCUAGUGCUCGCCUUGGUCGGCCUUACGACUCUGCUCGCCUGCUGAGCGUGACACUGCAAUGCAACGGCUAGAAACUAGCUAGUAGCUAGAAAGGCCGGCCCAAUUCUUUAAUUUUUUCCAACUAAACGCUGAAGCAUGGUAAAUAUGCAUUUAUUUACCGUUGGGGAUCAUUGGCGAAGGGUAGCUUCUGACCUGACCUUCUGUUACUAGCAAAGGGGAUUGAUUCUUUCUGAUGUACAUAUACACAAGACAGAGAUGUUGAUAUGCAAUUUGGGGUUGGAAUA